AUGUGUCGACGACAUUCAUUUUUCUUCCUUCCUUCCUUUCUUUCUUUCUUUCUUUCUUUCUUUCUUUCUUUCUUUGACCAUUCUUUCUUUCUUUCUUUCUUUGAUCGUCCAUAUUUAUUACAUUUGACUGCAUACAAUUUCUUUCUUUCUUUCUUUUUUUCUUUUUUUCUUUCUUUCUUGGACACUCUAUUCACCAUAUUAGCCGCAUCAAGCCACGGUGAAGGAAGUGUGUUGGGAGAAAGCGCGUCAUCUGUUGGCAGCUUCCACGAGGUCCGACCAACGCCAUCCCCUGUCCCCGACCCCCCCCAAAUCCUACCUAUCUAUCUACCUGCUUUUAUUUUCCAUGUAACCGUCCAUCUAUCGAGCCAUCUCCUGUCCACACGCUUUUCUACUCCCUCGAUUUCAUCACAUUUUUCGCUGAGUGACAUUGACUUUCUUCCCCUCUGCCCCAUCCUCCUCUCUCUAACUCUCCCCCUCUCUCUACUUCUCUACUUUUCUAAAUCUUCCUCUCUCCCCCUCUUUUUCUGUCUCACCUCUCUUUUUGCAUCUUCUCGCCGCCCUUUCUCUCUAUCUCCCCCCCUCUCUCUCUAUGCCACCUCCCCUCUUUCUUCCAUUUUUGUUGCGGUCUCGUCGCAUCUUUCGCCCCACCUCUGUCUCUGUCUCUCCUCCUCUCUCCACGUCUCUAAAUCUCCAUCUCCACUGUCUCUCCCCCUCGUUUUUAUUUCCCCUCUCUAUAUCUCCCCUCUUUUUUUUGCAUCUUCCUCACUUCUCUUUCCCCCUAUCACCCCUUUCUAUGCCUAUGUCAUGCCCCCACUUUCUUCCAUUUUUGUAGCAAUUUCAUCGCAUUUUUUGCUGAGUAACAUUGACUAUGUCUCUAUCUCUCCUUCUCUCUCCCCUUCUCUAAAUCUUCCUCUCCUCUGUAUCUCUCCCUUUUUUCUAUCCCCCUUUCUCUAUCCCCCCUUUCUCUAUCUCCCCUUUCUUUUUGCAUCUCCCUCUACUCCUCAUCUCUCCUUUCUUUAA